UUUUUCUUUUGCUUCUAAUCGACACCAACAGAAGAUAAAGGAAAAUAAAAAAGAAGUAUGGAAAACGCUCCGAUCGUUAGAUUUUAUAGCUGUCGAGGAGUCGCGUCUGAGAUAAACCCUCACGCAAACCCUUUUGCUAUCAACACAACUGAUCAAAAUCGCAACGCAAACGCUGAACGCGAGAAAACGAGCAGCAGGUUUCAACUCAUAAGAAACGCCUCAAAAGUUUCCCCUUCAUCCAUUCUACACUCCCUGAGCCGAACAAGCAGUCACUUCUGCGACUUGGACCUUGACACCGAAGAAGAGGAAGAAAAAGACGUUAUCUGCUACAUAGAAGAAGGUGGAACCAAGGAAGGAUACGAACAACACAGCGAGAAACCGCAGCAACGCGCUUCAAGACUAUCAAUCAUACUUCUUGAUCAGGGAUUAUUCACCGUUUACAAACGUCUCUUCGUUACUUCAUUGUUUCUAAACGUUAUAGCUCUCGUUCUUGCCGCCACGGGACGUUUCAAUUACGCUAGAAACAGAGCAGCUCUGUUUUCACUCGCCAACAUUCUCCUCCUAACUCUCUGCAGAAGCGAAGUCUACUUGAGACUCGUUUUCUACCUAACCGUAAAGAUCCUCGGACACUCCUUUGUCCCUCUCCGCAUUAAAACCGCGGCCACGUCGCUCUUACAAAGCCUAGGAGGUAUCCAUAGCGGAUGCGGCGUUUCCUCAAUCGCUUGGCUCGUUUACGCAUUGGUUAUCACUCUUAAAGACAGGGACAAGGCUUCGACAGCGAUCACAGCGGUUGCGUCUGCGAUUCUGUCUCUCCUCUGCCUCACUUCCUUAGCCGCGUUUCCACUCGUUCGUCAUUUACACCAUAACGUCUUUGAACGCGUCCACAGAUUCUCCGCCUGGGCCGCUUUAGGCCUUGUUUGGGCGUUUGUAGUUCUAACGAUCUCUUACGAUCCAACAUCAAGAUCUUACACUGAUAAUGUCGGCACGAAGCUGAUCAAAACGCAAGAGUUUUGGUUUACGCUAGCGAUCACAGUCGCGGUUCUUCUCCCUUGGUUGAGUGUAAGACGUGUUGCGGUUGAUGUGUCAUCUCUAUCAGGCCAUGCGUCACUGAUCAAGUUCAGAGGAGGCGUGAAGUCAGGGAUCUUGGGACGGAUCAGUCCAUCGCCGUUGUCGGAAUGGCACGCUUUUGGGAUUAUCUCUGAUGGUAAGACAUCGCACAUGAUGUUAGCUGGUGCUGUCGGAGACUUCACCAAGUCAUUGGUCUCAAAACCUCCGACACACUUAUGGGUCCGAACGAUUCACUUUGCUGGCUUACCCUAUCUUGUUAACUUGUAUGACAAGGUAUUACUUGUGGCCACCGGUUCCGGGAUUUGUGUAUUUUUAUCGUUUCUCAUGCAGCAGAGUAAGGCCGAGGUAUACUUAAUAUGGGUGGCUAAAGGGUUGGGUGAUAAUUUUGGAUCGGAGAUUAUGAACAGGAUUAAAGAUUAUCCUCAUCAAGACAGGGUCAUAGUUCAUGAUACUGCGAUUCUAGGACGACCUAAUGUGUCAGAAAUGAGCGUGAAAGCAUUCAAGAAGUUUGAAGCUCAGGUUGUGAUUGUUACCAGCAAUCCUGAAGGAAGUCGUGACGUUGUUAAUGCAUGUAAGGCUUCUGGUGUUCCUGCUUUCGGUCCCAUUUGGGAUUCUUAG